UAUAAAAUGGGAACGAGAGACAAAGAUAGAGAUCUAGAACGAUUGAUCCCGGCAACCGGAUUCUCGGAUUUUAUCGGUGGCCCGUUAUCUCCUUUGCAGUCGGAUACACCUCCUGGGGAUUCUUCUCCCUCUCAUCAUACGGCCGGAAGAGAGGCGUUUAUUAAAGUUAUUCGCAGCUGGGCAUCCAAAAAGUUCAUCACUGGAUGUGUUAUUUUAUCUCCCAUAGCCAUUACAUUUUAUGUGACUUGGUGGUUCAUUCAAUUUGGAGACUGGCUCUUCUCCCCCAUCUACUAUAUUUUGGGAAUAGAUAUAUUUGGUCUUGGAUUCGUGACCUCUAUAGCUUUCAUAUUUUUCGUUGGCGUAUUCAUGUCAUCAUGGUUGGGAACUUCUCUUCUUAGUUUAGGGGAGUUUAUAAUAAAGAAGAUGCCUCUCAUGAGCUAUAUUUACACUGCCUCCAAACAAAUCAGCACAGCCAUCUCACCAGGACAAGGUUCACAUGCUUUUAAGGAAGUUGCAAUCAUAAAGCAUCCAAGUGUCGGUGAAUAUGCAUUUGGAUUCAUAACAUCAACCGUUAUCCUUAGGAAAAACAUGGGCUUUGAAGAGCUAUGUUGUGUGUAUGUGCCAACUAACCACCUGUAUAUCGGUGAUAUAGUCCUUGUAAAUUCAAAAGAUGUCAUGAAGCCUAAUAUCUCGGUUCGUGAAGGGAUAGAAAUCAUAAUCUCAGGAGGCAUGUCAAUGCCAAAGAUGUUAACUACGAAAGACAAACGACCCAGUCGAUCUCCAAGUCUAGAAAGCUUUGCUGUUCCACAUGUAUGAUAAGAGUGUAGAUAUGGAUGGUAUUUGUUUAUGUAUGCUCGUGAGUUUAUACUAUAAGUUAGU